AUGCGCCCGCCGGGCUCCCGGAAGCGCGCCGCCACUUCUGCGAACUGCGCGACACCCGAGCCGGCGCGCGCUCAGAUAGCCGCGCCGCGCAGCGCCUGCAGGCACGCGGCACGCAGCCCCGCCUCCCAAGGACGCUCUCCGGACAGCCCGCCGCGCGCCCGACGGCGCAUGCGCGAGCCCCCAGCCGAGAGACCCCACGCGCACGCGUCUUGCUGGUCGCAGUUAUUAGCAAACACCGUGCCGUCGCCUGACGCGCCGGGCGAUUUGGCGGGCUGGCUGGCUGGCUGGCCAGCUAGCUGGCUGGCAGGAACGCUGGCUGGAACGCUGGCAGGAACGCUGACAGGAACACUGGCAGGUGGGGACGACGCCGCCGCUGCUACUGCUGCUGCCGCUGCUGCAGCUGCUGCUGCUGGCUGCGGCCACUGCUGGCUGGGGCUGCUGCUGGCUGGGUCCGCUGCUGGCUGCUAG